AUGAAAGAUUUGAGUGUUAACAAUGCUGAGAAAGCUUACAAGAAGGUUACUCGGUUAAAGGGAGCCGUUAUUAAUAAAAAAUGCCUACCAUUCAGAUACAGAUGUGGACUUUGUGGAGGUGCAUCCAAUUCUUUCAAGCUGUAUAAUGAAGAAUUUGAGCUUGGUGCAAAAAGAAGUGAUUUCAAGUAUUCAGAUUCAAACAUAAAAGAGAAGGAAUGUGGUGCUGCUUUUGUAUUUUUUAGAACACGGUAUGCAGCUGUUGUUACGUCAGAGGUUCUUCAGUCAUCCAAUCCCAUGCAUUGGGUUACUGAUCUUGCCCCUGAACCGCAUGAUGUUUAUUGGUCCAAUCUUUGGAUUCCAUACAGACAGCUCUGGUUCCGCAAGAUAGCAAUACUUGUUGCCAGCAUUGUUUUUAUGCUUCUGUUUCUUAUUCCAGUCACUUUUGUGCAAGGUCUAACCCAUUUGGACCAGUUGCAGCAGCUAUUCCCCUUUCUAGAUGGUUUACUAAAGAAGAAGUUUACAAUCGAGAUAGUGUCAGGCUACCUCCCUAGUGUCAUUUUACAAUUGUUCCUAUAUAUUGUUCCACCCGUGAUGCUGCUAUUUUCUUCUGUUGAAGGGUCCAUCUCGCAUAGCACCAGGAAAAGGAGCGCUUGUUGGAAAGUGCUCUACUUCAACAUUUGGAAUGUGUUCUUUGUAAAUGUCUUCUCUGGAUCUUUGAUCAGCCAGAUAAAUGCCAUAUCUAGUCCAAAGGACAUCCCAACUGAGCUCGCGAAAGCUGUGCCGAGUCAGGCUACCUUCUUUAUCACUUAUGUCCUAACCUCAGGUUGGGCAAGUUUAUCCUCUGAAGUAAUGCAGCUCUUUGGCCUUAUAUGGAACUUCAUAAAGAGGCAUAUUUUAAGAUGGAAGGAUGAUCCAGUCUCAGUUCCAUCAUUUCCUUAUCAUACUGAAAUUCCAAGGGUUCUUUUAUUUGGACUUCUUGGCUUCACCUGCUCCGUACUAGCGCCAUUAAUAUUACCUUUCUUGCUGGUCUACUUCUUCCUUGGAUAUGUUGUUUAUCGCAAUCAGGUGAGAUCUUAG